UAAAAAGUCACCGUUACUGAUAACGCAUCUCUCACUAUACUUCCGUGCACCGGCCACGACCUGAACCCGGCACAGCUCGCUUUCUAUAAUCUACAUACAGUGCUCCCAGUACGAUGGCUCCGAAGGUGGUGCGCUCCAGUAAGUUCCGGCAUGUGUUUGGUCAGGCGGUGAAGGCUGAUCAGUGCUACGAUGACGUCCGCAUCUCUCAGAUGACGUGGGACAGCAACUUCUGCACCGUCAACCCCAAAUUUGUGGCCAUGAUCGUGGAGGCCAGCGGGGGUGGGGCCUUCAUGGUGCUGCCGCUGAGCAAGACGGGGCGUGUUGAUAUGUCUCAGCCGCUGGUCUGUGGUCACACCGGUCCUGUUCUUGAUAUUGAGUGGUGUCCGCACAACGACAACAUCAUCGCCAGUGGCUCAGAGGACUGCACCGUCAUGAUCUGGGAGAUCCCGGAUGGGGGUCUGACUCGGCCAGUCACAGAGCCCGUGGUCACACUGGAGGGGCACUCCAAACGUGUGGGGAUCCUGAGCUGGCACCCCACAGCUCACAACGUGCUUCUGAGUGCAGGCUGUGAUAACGUGGUGAUCAUCUGGAAUGUGGCUUGUGGUGAGCCAGUGAUCACGCUGGACUCCAUGCACACCGACAUGAUCUACAGUGCCAGCUGGAACGACACGGGCAGCCAGAUCGUCACGGCCUGCAAGGACAAGAAGAUUCGCAUCAUCGAUCCACGCAAAGGGAGUGUGGUGCUGGAGAAAGACAAGCCCCACGAGGGCAGUCGUCCUGUGCGCGCGAUCUUUGUGUCGGAGGGGAAGAUCCUGACAACUGGUUUCAAUCGCAUGAGUGAAAGACAGGUGGCGCUGUGGGACCCAAAAAACUUGGAGGAGCCUCUGACUCUGCAGGAGUUGGACACCAGCAGUGGAGUGCUGCUGCCCUUCUUUGACCCUGACACUGGCAUCGUAUAUCUGUGUGGCAAGGGGGACAGCAGUAUCCGGUACUUUGAGAUCACUGACGAGCAGCCCUACAUUCACUACCUCUCCAUGUACACCAGCAAGGAGUCUCAGAGAGGCCUGGGGUACAUGCCCAAGAGAGGGCUAGAAGUCAACAAGUGUGAGAUUGCUAGGUUUUACAAACUCCAUGAGAGAAAGUGCGAGCCUAUUGUGAUGACUGUCCCUCGCAAGUCGGACCUGUUCCAGGAGGACCUCUAUCCCGACACGGCCGGGCCGGAGCCCUCGGUCGAGGCAGACGAUUGGUUCGCUGGGCGGGACGGGGGGAGGAUUCUCAUCUCGCUGAGGGACGGCUUCGUGGCGACGAAAACACGCGAGUUCAAAGUGAACAAGACGCUGCUCGCCAAAACCACAACUACCGCGCGGCCAAGCAUCGAAGCCAGCGACUUGCAGAGUGUGAUUGAUGAAUUGAAGAAGCUGAAGACAGUCGUGGAGGAACAUAACAAGAGAAUCUGUGAACUGGAGAAGAAAGUGGAGAAAUAGAGAUGGGGGGGAAGGAAAGCACUUCACAAUUGUGCUACUACACUUUUGACUGAGUUACUGUCUAAAACUAUCCAGCGAAUGGCUCUCGAGCGCCAUGACCCCACAGAGCUCCCAAUCAGCUCUCUUAUUGAAGGGUUCAGAUUGAAAAGACUUUGCGAUCCCAGUUUAAACUCACAAUGAAACACUGCAGAUUCUCAGUGCAGUCACUACUAUCGAGGGUCUUUGUCUUUAUUAAUAUUUCUUGGUCUCUCAGGUGAUCAGCAUGGCUCUUUAGAGCAGCUCUGAUUCAAAUUAAAUCCAUCCAGAACCAUUCAACACUAAAUAGUGCUGAAUUCAGACAUGCUGAAAUAAACAGAAUUCAUUGCAAAGA